AUGGGUGCCUGCGCCUCUUCAUCUCGUGGUAACACAUCGAUUUCGCUUUCUUUUCUGCUUCUUCUAGCGAUUUCACCUGUUAUUACACUUGGUCGAUCAAACCAUGGCAAGAACCAGAAAUCCGCGAAGGUUGCGGCAAUUCCAUCUACUCCGGCGGUGCAGGCAGGCCGUGCUGCUGCCUCUUCUGAAAUGGAAGAAAAGAGCAGCUUCACAUGGAGGAUCGAUGGAUUCUCCUCGCUUCUUGACAAGCAAAAAGGAUGGACCAACUCCGGAUAUUUUGAGAUGAAGGAGCUUAAAUGGUACUUGCAGUUGAACCUGAAGGACCGGAAGAGUAGAGACGAAAGAGACUACGUUUCUCUUGUCCUCGUGCUGUCAAAAAACUUCUGA